CUCCCUCCCCCACCCGCCACCCCAGCAGCAGGGGCCCCCCCCGGAUCCAGGGGGAGCAGGGGCUGCGGCAGCAGCCGGAGGAAGCAGCAGCAGCCAUGAAGGACCGUACUCAGGAGCUGAGGACUGCCAAAGACAGUGACGAUGAAGAAGAGGUGGUUCAUGUGGACCGGGAUCAUUUUAUGGACGAAUUCUUCGAACAGGUGGAGGAGAUCCGUGGCUGCAUAGAGAAGCUGUCGGAGGACGUGGAGCAGGUGAAGAAGCAGCACAGUGCCAUCCUGGCUGCUCCCAACCCAGACGAGAAGACCAAGCAGGAGCUGGAGGACCUCACGGCCGACAUCAAGAAGACGGCCAACAAGGUGCGCUCCAAGUUGAAAGCCAUCGAGCAGAGCAUUGAGCAGGAGGAGGGGCUGAACCGGUCCUCGGCUGACCUGCGGAUCCGUAAAACACAGCACUCCACCCUAUCCCGUAAGUUCGUGGAGGUGAUGACAGAGUACAACGCCACCCAGUCCAAAUACCGGGACCGCUGCAAGGAUCGGAUCCAGAGGCAAUUGGAGAUAACUGGUCGGACAACCACCAAUGAAGAGCUGGAAGACAUGCUGGAGAGCGGCAAACUGGCUAUUUUCACUGAUGAUAUCAAAAUGGACUCACAGAUGACGAAACAGGCUCUGAAUGAGAUCGAAACCCGACAUAAUGAGAUCAUCAAACUGGAAACCAGUAUCCGUGAGCUGCAUGACAUGUUUGUGGACAUGGCUAUGUUGGUGGAGAGCCAGGGGGAGAUGAUUGACCGCAUUGAGUACAAUGUGGAGCACUCCGUUGACUACGUGGAAAGAGCUGUGUCCGACACCAAGAAAGCUGUAAAAUACCAGAGCAAGGCUCGGAGGAAGAAAAUUAUGAUUAUAAUUUGUUGCGUGGUCCUUGGGGUAGUUCUUGCUUCCACAAUUGGGGGGACUCUGGGGUUGUAAAUCAAAGCAAAAAAAAUUAUAAUAAUAAUAUAAUAAUAAUUUAAAGAAAACUUGUACAUGCAAUGGAUAUAACAGCACACGUUCCAGCUACCUAUACAUACACUCCUUGGGGGUCAGCAAAUCUAAGUUUCUUGUUCUCCGCCAUCUUUCCAUCCAUCUCUCCAUCCCCCGGAUACCUGGGUUCUCCCCAGAUCGGCCGACAUCCCUGACCCCUGGUAGGAGGGCGUGGAUUGGCUCAUAACCCACCUUUGGGUUCACAGUGACCCAAACGCUCUGGUUUCUCUUCACAUCCGAGGUUAGCCUGGAGGGACGGAGUGGUGAUCUGUCCUUUGUUGAUGCUGUCUUGUUUUGGGUUCUGCUGGGGAUGGUGUGGCCAGUAGUCGGGGAGUGGGGGGGGAAAUACCAGUAUAAUACAUGGAAAGUUGUCAAUACUAGAAAGCUAAGGGAUCCCAGAGUGGUUACCAAUCAGCUGUUAUGAAAAAUACCAGUUUAUUCUAGGAAAUACCCCAGUAGC